AUGUUACUUUUUCUUUUAGAUGCAUUAAAAGACGGUAAUGAUGCAAUUAAAUUGGAUGAAACAAAUAUCAAAGCGUAUAUUCGUAAAGGUGUUUCAUUAUAUAAUCAAGAUUUAAAAGAAGAAGCUCUGGAAGUAUUUUUUCAUGGACUUGAAUUUGAUUCUACUGAUGAUCAAUUGAAGAUAUGGCGGCAUAAGUUUGAAAAAGAAUUAGCAGGUACGAUAUUCUUUUCUGAUUCAAUCACUAUUCAUACGAAAAUACCUUCUUCUGGUCAAGAUUAUUCACUUGAAGUCGAUCUUGCUUAUCCAAUUGAUUCAUCACGUACAAAUUUCAACGCCACUGGUUCAAAUCUCGAAAUAAAAUUAUAUAAAAGACAAGCUAUACAACGGACGUCAUUAGAUGCUCAAUCAACAGCAGCUAAAGUUCAAUCACCAGUUGAAAACACACCAAGUUAUCCAUCAUCUAGUCUACAUGCAAAAAAUUGGAAUAAAUUGGAACCUGAAAUAAAAAGAGAUGAAAAAGAAAAUACAGAUGAUGUAGGUGAUGCAAACGCUAUUUUUCAAAGACUCGAUUAA